AUGGUUACGACGGUGUCGAUUUCGGCGAGUGUUGCGUUUUCGGGCUGCUCAUAUCCUGACCCUGGCGGUCUUGUCUCAGGUCUUUUCACUCUAGCCGUGCGCAAAAAGAGUGGCGUCUCCGGAGAUCGAAUUAAGCCUACGAGUAUCUCGUGCAGAAAGAUUACUGACAUUGUCACAGACUGGAAUGUCCCAGCGCUGACGACCGCGGCGGCUAAAACGGGUAUGGUAAGAACUACGUGGCUGUCAUUAAAGAGCUGCGGGAGGCCAUUAAGGCGAGCGGCCGCGACUACGUUGGUCACCUUUACUGCGCCCUCUUCAUACUGGUAUCUUCGCCAUUUCGAUUUCAAGGGCAUCGAGGCCCAUGUCGAUUGGAUUAGCCUCAUGUCCUACGACUUGCACGGCGUCUGA